UCAUCGUCCCAAGCCAACCUCAUAGAGAACACAAACCCAACCACAACAGCUAGCCAUGAGUCCUCCGGCCGCCACCUUCGCCGGCUGCCAAACCCGGCACGCCGUCUGCAUCCCUUACCCAGCCCAGGGCCACAUAAACCCCAUGCUCCAGCUAGCCAAACUCCUAUACUCCCACGGCUUCCACAUCACCUUCGUCAACACCGAGUACAACCACCGCCGCCUCCUCAAAUCCCGGGGUGGCGGCGCCUCCUUCUUCGACUCUCUCCCGCCGGGCUUCAACUUCCAGGCAAUCCCCGACGGCCUCCCCACUCCGCCGACAACCGAUGCCACCCAGGACAUCGCUCUGCUGAGCGACUCCACCUCCAAAAUCUGCUUGGCUCCAUUCCGCGACCUCGUUUUGAAGCUAAACGACGCCGCUUCCUCAUCCUCACCAGCCGUUAGCUGUAUCGUGGCGGAUGGCGCGAUGACUUUCACUCUGGAAGUAGCCAAGGAGCUGGGGAUUCCGAACGCGCUUUUCUGGACUCCGAGCGCGUGUGGAGUUUUGGCCUACGCUAAUUAUCACCUUCUUGUCCAACGAGGCUUCUUCCCUCUCAAAGAUUCGAGUUACUUGACCAACGGAUACUUGGAAACGCCUAUAAACUUCAUCACAGGAAUGAGUAACAACAUCCGCUUGAAAGACCUCCCGUCUUUCCUCAGAACUACGAACCCGAACGACAUCAUGUUCAAUUUCGUCCAAAGGGAGAUCUCGAAGCUGCCCGAGGCAACCGCUUUCCUCAUCAACACAUUCGAACCCUUAGAGAAAGAUGUCAUUUCAGCCCUCUCCCGACUUUCCCCGAAUCUCCUCACCAUCGGCCCACUCAACUUACUCCUCCAUCGAGUCGUCGGAGACGAACUAAGGAACGUCAGCACAAACCUGUGGACGGAGCAUCCGAAGUGUGUCGAAUGGCUCGAUUCCCAGCAACCCAACUCCGUUCUCUACGUGAACUUCGGGAGCAUUACCGUGAUGAAUCCCGACCAGUUGAACGAGUUCGCAUGGGGCCUGGCGAACAGUGAGGUAUCUUUCUUGUGGGUCGUCAGGCCGGACCUUGUGUCCGGUGAAUCAGCAGCUCUGCCUCCUGAGUUCGUCGACGAAACAAAGGGCAGAGGGUUAUUAGUGGGGUGGUGCUCACAAGAACGUGUUCUAGACCAUCCUGCGAUUGGAGGGUUUUUGAGCCAUAUGGGUUGGAACUCUACGAUGGAGAGCUUGUCGCAUGGUGUGCCGAUGAUUUGCUGGCCUUUCUUCGCGGACCAGCAAACGAAUUGCUUCUACGCUUGUAACGAGUGGGGAGUUGGGAUGGAGAUUGACCCAAACGUGAAAAGGGAUCAAGUGGAGGAGCUGGUGAGAGAGGUGAUGGGCGGGGGAAAGGGGAAAGAAAUGAAGAGGAGAGCUAUGGAGUGGAAAAACAAGGCGAUUGAAUCCACUGUCCCAGCUGGUUCCUCCUAUCAAAAUGUGGAAAGAUUGAUUGACUUGUUGUCUUAGAAAAAAAUGACAAGUAAGAUUUAAGGAAAUAAAAAAAAAAAGCUCUCAUGUUCAGGUUUUACGUUUGUUGCGUGUCUUGUUUGACUUCUCGUAUCACUUAAAGUUUAAUAACACUGCUUAUCUCAUGACAAAAAAAAAUCUCUCUCAUUAUUGGGUCGUUAGUUGGUUGACCAACAAGUCUUCUUCAUAAUUCGCAAACGGAUCAUGUCAGUAAUCUUAUAGUCAGUAACCAUGAGUAACAUGUCUACAUCACCAUGACAUCAGUAUCCUCUAUUUCCUGGAAAGUUUUUUUAUCUAUUCCCCUUAAAUAUUUAACGGACGAUUACUCUCUCGUUUUAAGUCGAAAUUUAAAUUUUUUUGCACAGAUAAAUCAGAUUAAAUGUACUCUUUAAAAUGAUAUCCACUUUGAUAUAUUUUUAGUACAAAAAGAAGUGAAUAAUUUUUUACCAGUCAUUACCAUAUGGUAUGCUCCUAUUUAAUACCAUAUGGUAAGAAAGCGUACUAUGAUGGUAUGAACAUACCAAUAUGGUAAGAAGGUUGAAUACAUUUUAGUAGGAGUAUACUAACUGUCAUUUAUGACUUUCAUCAUUGUUUACUACAAGUUACCAGCCACAUACCAUAGUGGUAAAGUAUGGUAAUUUUUUAUCCAGUAUUUUUUCACCCAGAAAUUUAAUUUAUAGAUCCAGUAGAUCAUGAUGAACUCGUUUCUUCUGAGCAAACUUUUUCAAAAAUGAAUUAAAAAUGAAGAAGUUACCAUAUGGUAUGUAGUUGGUAAAAAAAAGUUUCUCAAAAUAUAUUGAAAAUUGAUCUCAUUUUGUAGAGCACAACGAACUCGUUCCAUCUGUGCCUUGUAAUUUUGCUUGGAAAUAUCUUGUAUUUAUUGCGGUAUCUUUUUGUUUCCCUUCUAGGAUAUCUCUAGCAAAAAGGAGAUUAAUUAACGAAAUAAAAGCACUUUUUCCUUUGAUGAAAUAAAUUAAUUACUAAUUUAAAAAUUAAUUUAAAAUCACUGAAAAGGAAAAUAAUAGAUUUAGGAGCUUAUCUACUAUACUCUAAAGUAUCGGACACAAGUUGAACUUGUAUUAUAAUGUUAAAUGAGCAAGUUCAUUUUGUAAUAUAAAAGAAUUUAUAUGAAAAUGUGUAGGUACAAACUAAACUUGUAUCGUAAAGUUCAAGGUAAAAGUGCACUUUGUACCAUAAAAAUAUUUAUACGAAAAAACCUAUAUGUAAAAAUUAAAUUGGUAUCAUAAUGUUGAAGAUAUAAUUACAUUUUUUUACCAUAAAAGAACUUCUAGAAAAAAGUGUAGUACAAACUGAACUUUGUACCAUAACAUCAAAAAUAAAUGUUACAUAAAAUAGAGACACUUCAUCCAGUCAUUUCUAAGCAUCAGGAAUGAUAUAAUUCAUUGGGCUAAUAAGCUAAUGGCACAGUACUCAGUUAAAACCGUUUGGAACACUCUUAGAGCUAAGACUACUUCUGUGUUUGGUAAAAACUCGUAUGUUGCAAGGUAACUAGUGCAAUAUGUGUGUUGUGUGUUACUUUUUUGUAAGUGGAUUUUCAUUAUGAGUGCAACGGGCAAGGCCCUAAGGAAAAGAUACAACAAUAAACAACAAAGGCUGAAAAAUUAGUAGAUAACUAGGCCCAAACCAAGCUGGAAACUCAAUAGAGCCCUAAGCCCAGGAACCAAAAAUAUCUCCUCUAAUCCUCCAACCUUACCCGACAUUGCUCCCCUCUAAGAUCCCUGCGGUGGCCUAAAUUGUCGCCGGCCAAACUCAGAUGGUAGAGAGAAUUAUAAAGAUCUCCAAACGCACAACCCUGACCCAAACAAACCGUCCGCCUCCAACCGAGCACAACCUAUGGGGAAAUCAAACAAACUCAAUCGGUCGCCAGCGGAGGAAACAUAGGGGAGACGAUCUUCUGUCUUCAGGCUCUCCAAAACUGCAUCCGUUGCCAUAGGGUUCAUCUCUGAUUCACCAAGAUAUGCAAGGUGAGAAUAGGAGGUAGACUAUGAAAAAAGUAAGGAGAAGACAAGCCAGAUCUAGAGCAGAUCUAGUAUCCUUGUCUCUUAGAAAGGACAUGCAUCUCCAGUUCUAAAACAACAGAACAAAGGAUAAAAAAUCAACCCAAUCGAAAGGGAAGCGCAGAACCCACAAAGGGAAAACCAAACAAGCAGAGAAAGAAUGUCAAAGAGUGGCCGGAAAAACUAAGAGAAAAUAAAAAAGAGCUGGAAACUUAAAACACAAAAAGAAAAAGCAGGAGGGGUGGCGGAGAGCUGUCGUCGAUCGUCGGAGAGGCGCCAGCGGCAGCUCCUCUAUAGCCUGAAAAGGCGGAUUUGUUAGAAAGAGGUCGAGAAAAAAUUUGAAAAGAAGAAGAGAGAGGAUAGAGUGGGUAAGUGGACUAAUUAGCAGGUAGUAAAGCAAAGCAGAAAAGAACGCUUUGAUUGAAUACGAGUUGUUUACAGAAAAUGAAAAAAAAAAAAAAUG